AUGAAACAUGCCUAUUGUUUACAAGGACCCAGUUAUUUUAUCGAAAUCACCUAUCCUGAAAAAUAUAAGAAACCUACAGCAAGUGGGGGAUUCACAUUAACUUUCAAAUCACUUGAAGAUAUUGGAACUAAUAAAGCACCAAGGAUGGUAAUUACUAAACGUGAUGAUCUUGAAGGUGGACAUUAUACUAUUUCAAUCCCCCUUCUUAAUAAAGCUAUAGUAUCUCCUAAUAAGAAAUCGCCAUUUGGACCAAGUAUUUUCAAUGGAUUAGCAUUACCUAAGCAAGUUGAUAGUCAAUUGUCUGAUCAAGAUCCUAAUUUUAUAAACUAUGAAUUAAAAGAUAUAAUGAAUGAUAGAUGGAAUAUAGGAUCAAUUCCAAAAAUUGAUAAAUAUAAUUCUCAUGCCCAUAAAUUUAUCUAUUUCCAUCAGAACUAUAUUGAGAAAUCAAAUCAUAAUACUUAUAACUUUGGCAAUUCACCAUCAUCAGGAUCUAAGAUCCCACCAGUGAUAGCUGUAUUCAGACCUAACAGAAGAAGAGUCAACAUCAUAAAUACCGUAAGUAGGGCCAAAUUGAAAUCAAAGAUUGAUAGUUUAAUUAAACAACAACAAAAUGUCCAAGCUCUUAUUAGAGAUCAAAAUUCAAAUGUUCAUACUACCAAUUAUUAUUCAUGUGAAGACGGAUUAUACAAUCGUAAGAAUCCAACGGAUGAUCAACCAGACGAUUCUAAAUUAGGUUGGAUUACAAUAUAUGAAGAUAAUGAGUUAUUGAGAGGAGGAAAGCAGAGAAAGGAUUCGUUUGAUUUAGUUCUAGGAUUGUUAUUAGCUGUAGCUUAUGAGAAUAGCUUGUCGUAG